AUGGCUGAUUCUCAAGACACCAAGGCAGCUGUUCUAUCUGCUCUCGCAGACUUCUUCAACAUCUCGUCCCAAAACCCCAAAGACGCCCGCAACCACCUUCUCGAGACCUCUUACGUCAUACAGUCCACCUCAGACACUAUCGAACAGACGACGCUAGGAGAGUUGUUCCUCAACGACAAAAAGCAAAAGGGUCAUCUUGAAUGGGCCAUAGACGAACCUCAAGAACUCUUCAUUCACGAGAAGCUCGCUGCGGUCUGGACUGGUUGGUCCAUCCGUGCCGACGAUGGUACUAUCAUCAGCCAUAAGAAGGGCAUCCUCGGAUUAGCUUACACCGAAGGACGGUGGAAGAUAUCAGGUCUCGCUUCGACUGAGCGCUCCCUCGAUACACCACACCCAGAAGAUGAAGCAGCUCUCACCCAAGAAAUCAUGAAGCCCAUCAACGCUCUUCUAGACGACUUCUCCCAUCCAGACUGGGACGUUCUCAAACAAUGGUUUCUUCCCAACGCUGGAGUUACUCUCUACAGACCACCCGCUGAGCCAGCGCCUAUGACUAUGAAGCAGUCCAUCGUUCGUCUACAGGGUAUGAUCAAGAGUGGCAUCACUAUUCAAGAGAAGUUACAUGAUAUUCAGGUCCGAAAACACGGAGAUAUUGCGUUGGUUUGGGCGCCCUUUGUGGUUGAGAUAAAUGGGGCACCUAAACAUGAUGGCGUGAAUGCGUUUACGCUGUUGAAAAGGGAGGGGAGGUGGGUGUUUAGUGGAUGUCAGGACUAUGGCGUUGCUCUUCAGUGA